UAGUUAACCAUUAACAUCACACGACUUUAACCCUGAAAGACCGCGGAAAAGGACAUCAUCUCAGCGACACAAAGUUCUCCCCCAAACACGACAGACAGAAGAGUGGUGAAAAUGAGUGACAUAGAAGAUGAUAGUGAAAUAUUCUUCACAGUUAAAUUUUUGGGUCGUAUCCAGGUGGUCCGUCCUGGUGGGAUGCAGAUUCUGACAGAUGCAGUAGAAGCCCUGCAGGAUCCUAACAUAGAGAUCGGUGAGAAAAUGAAGAAAACUAAAGUACAUCUGUUUCUGACCAGAACUGCCAUUGACAUUCUAGAGCAUAAAACCAAGUUCAUGCUGUACUCCUGCGCUCUGCCCUCGGUUUCAUUCUGUGCAGUACAUCCGUCUCAGCCCAAAACACUGGGCUUCGUGGCCAAACACCCAGCGGCAGACAUGUACCACUGCUACAUCUUCCAGAGCAAGAAGUUUUCCCAUCUGCUGGUGUCCAUCAUUGGUGACUCCUUCCGUGCUUAUAAGCAGAAUGACGGUCUACUGGGUGAUCGAGACCUGGUGGUGGAGGCCCUGAGACACAAGAAUAAGGUACUGGAGCGAGAAAAUGCUGAGCUGAAGAGGAGACUGCAAGCCAAUGGAGAAAAUGUUGGUGGAGUCCAGAACGUUUAUGAGAAUGAGUUGGAUAUUGAUCAAAUGUCAUCUCAAUCAGGGCAGUCCACAUCACAGGUGAGAUUCUUUUCAGAAGAUGAUCAAACUCCUUUGCAGAGGAAUUUCUGAGUGGAAACAAAUAAAGUCAGACAAAUGCUCAAGAAAUGAGUGCUGCUGGAAACCUCCAGCAAAUGUGAUUACACUGAGUUCCUUUAAACACUUCAACAUAAACUAUUAUUUUUAGGAACAUCAAAACAAUAUAAUUAGUCUAUUAAAAAAGAUUAUAUUUAAGAUUAAUCUGUGAACAGUUAAAAAAAUUAUGAAUUGUGUUUUGUUGGUAUAAGGCAGUUGUUCCUCAAGUUGUUCCUUGUUGUACUCAAGUAAAUCACUUUUUAUCCUGACAGCUGACAGCUGUUUGGCCUAUGACAUGUAACGUAUCAUAUUAAUGUAUAUGUAUACUUUGUUAUGAUAAUCUUCCAUUGCAAAACUAUUAAAAUCAUCAAUACUGA